AUGAAUACCCCCCAGAUUUUUCAUUUGGAAGGAGACAUUUGGCUUGUUCCUUGUAUGGCUAGCUUCAGCAGAAAUAAAUUUCAUCCCUUAGCGGUCCCAGCCGAUGUCAAAAUUAAAAAAGCUCAUCAUCGCUCUGAAAAAAACUGAAAUGCGGUAGAAGAUGAAAUACUCAAGAAAAUAAUUGAAUCUAAAGGCACAAAGGUCUGAAACACUGUUGCAAAAGAACUGACUUCUCUUCCAUAAAUAAACAAGGUUUUUGCCUUCUCAUUUUUAAGAUCUUUAUCAAAAAUUUAAUUACAAAAAUUUAGGAAAUAAAUUUUUAUCAAUUUAUUAAAUUUCUGUUUAAAUAAAAGCUACCGUCAUAUUAAUCAUUAAUUAUAUAGUGACUUACACUACCUAGAACGUUUUAGUUUUGUUGCUGGCACUAUCAAAAAAAGCCCCGUUCUAGAUAGUGUAAGCCACUAUAUCUAAAAAUUGUAUCUUAAAAAUUUAUUUUUCCAAAAUUCCGUUAUUUUGCUCGCUAAGAAGGGGGGGGUAAACACUUUAUAUUACGCUGGAAAAGAAAUCAGACGAGGCCGCCAUUGCAGAGAAAGAUGGUAUAACCAUCUUGAUCCUAAAUUAAUAAAAGGAGACUGGACUGAUAAAGAAGAUAUUUUUAUUCUUGAGCAGCAAAGAAUUCAUGGUAAUAAGUGGAGCGAUAUUGCAAAAAAACUGCCUGGGAGGAAUGAAAAUAGUGUAAAAAAUAGAUGAAAAACUAUGAUACAGAAGGCUACUAAAGACCAUCCUAGAGGGAAUGGCAUAAUUGACCUUCUUAUUGCCCAGAAAACAGGGAUUGAUAAAGAAGAAAAUUAUGAUGAAAAUGAUGCAGAAACGAAAAAUGAAGCUCCUUAUUAGAUUAAAUUUAUUAAAGUGAGUCUCGGAGAAAUUACUUCAGUCUUUUUUUGGCUUGUUGGCUACGAGCUUGAAGCGACCCUGAAACACCAAUUUGGUGUUACAGAGAGACUCAUCAAAAUUAUGCUCGGACCAGGCUAUAAGACAAGAAUUUAUUUAACUCUGCUAGUGCUUAGGUUGUGAGCGAAACCGUAUCACCUCCUUUGUAGCAGCUCUACCUUUUAUCAACAAAGAAAUAAAAUGGUGCCGCUGAUGGAAAUUGAAUCACAAUGUGCACUCCUUAUGGAGCUGGACAGACAAACACUGAUUAGGGUGAAAACAGGGCUUCUGAGCCUUUUUAAAGUAGUCCUUCAGGUUUGGGAUGCCUUGCCGAAGAGGAGAGUUUUGCUUCUCUCCGAAGGUUUUCCUGUCUCUUCCAGGUGGGCCAAACAGGUUUUGCCUAGCACAUGGUCUUAUCUCAUCUGGACCAUCGGGGAACUCUGCAGGUGCUGGCUCUAACUUAGGGGCUGAUCCCUUGGAUAUGUGGUUCGGUUCGGAAAUCCAAAUUGACAAUCUUGACAUAAAUGACAGCAAAAACCAUUUGAAUUUUUUUUUGUGGAAAAAAAUAUACUAUUACAAAAACCUUGUAAAAAAAGGGCUGAAAAAAAUCAUAUAAAAUAGUUUUAUUAUCAGACUAAUUUAUAUCUAGCAGAUAAAGAUAAUAACAUUAUAUUAAACAUUAACAGCAUUUAUAGUUUAAACUAUAUAUAAAUAAGAUAAUUCUAUAUAAAUGCUGGAAUGACAUAGCACAUAUUAUAUUACCUUUUUUGUCUGAAAAAAAUUCACAGAAAAAGAUAAAAAGAGUGAGUUUAAUAUUGCUUGAGGCAUUAAAAACAGCAAUAGCAAGAAAACAAAUUAAGACUACAAGAAGUUAUUCAUUAGCAUAAACAUAGACUCCUAAGUCUCAAAAGACAUAAUAAAAAAAGCUCAAAAUUUAAAAGCUGAAAAUGAUCUGAAAAAUUCAAGUUAAAAUUCUUAACUGAAAAAAAUCAAUUUAAUUUAUUUUCGCCUGAAAAAAAUACAUCGAGAAAAAUAGGACGAUCUGUUUUUGCUCGUAUAAUUAUAAAAUUAUCAAUAGAUUAAAUAAAAAUAAAUAGAGGACGUUUAACGGUAGAAUUAGCCAUACUCAUCUAAAAUACUCCUGCAAAAUACGUCUGUAAAAUACUCCUAUAAAUACCACCUAAAAUUAGAUGCUUUAUUUAAUAGAAUAAUUGCAAUAAUGAUAUGGACAGCAUGAACUUGAAGAAUGUAAGAUUGAAACCAAAGCAGAAGAAUCAUCUAUUAGCUUAUGUGAAACAACUUUCUCUCACAUAAGAAGAUGAAGAAAUAUCAUGUCUUGCCCUUUUUGGACGCCGCAGUAUGCGGCACUUACUGGACGACUAACUUCGUAGCUUCAGAAUCUGAGAUACGAGACUGACCAGUAAGUGCUAUAUACUGGUGACUAAAAAGAACCAAGGCAAUAUCUCUACUGGUGAAUUUUUUCCCCCCUGAUGACUGAACUGAAUCCACCGAAUCCAAUUGAAGAGAUUAUUAUCCUUAAUUUGAUCCUCAACCUAAGCAGUUUCAGUUCAAAGAAAUUGUGCCAUAAUAUUAUUUAGGGUCUUUUUAUGAAGAAGUAAUUAGUGAAAUUAUCAGAUAUCCCUCACACAUUAUUAAACUCACACUUUUUAUCUUUUUCUGUGAAUUUUUUUCAGACAAAAAGGGUAAUAUAAUAUGCGCUAUGUCAUUCCAGCAUUUAUAUAGAAUUAUCUUAUUUAUAUUGAGUUUGGACUAUAAAUGCUGUUUAAUAUUUUAAUAUAAUGUUAUUAUCUUUAUCUGCUGGAUAUAAAUUUAGUUUUGGUGAUAAAAACAAUUUUCUUUGAAUUUUUUUCAGCUUGUUUUUGCGAAAAAAUCACCAUGAUUUUUUUUUCCAUCUUUUGUUUUCUUAUAAGGUUUUUGCACUGCAUUUUUUUCUACCAAAAAAUGCCAAAUGGUUUUAUAUUCUUUUAUAUCAAAAAAAAAGAGAUGGAAAAAACCACUGUAAUUUUUCCCCGCCUUACCCUUACAAGAAGCUAUUGCUCUAUCUGUCUAUCACAAUGGACUGAGAAAAAAAGUUUGGCCACCCUAGAACUGAAAAACCCAUCCUGACCUUCGAUCAAAAUGCGAUUCCAAACACUCCGGGCUAAGUCAGCCCUUCGGUCAUCAGAGUGCUGAGAAUAAUUUUCGCCAUUUUAAUAAAAAGUAAGAAGCUCCUGAAGAAACAGAAAUAUGAUACUCUACUAUAUAA